AAAUCCCAGUGGAGCGUGUCCCACUCUUUAAAAGAGAACCCCGGACUCGGUACCGAACAUUAUGGGUCAAAAGAGAUGCAUUUAUCAGUUUUAACUCAACCUUUGAUGCUGCCGCCUAAGCAUGACGUCACGACGUAGCUGGUCAGAUGGACGAGAAUUUCUGAUGCAACCUGGGAUGAACCGCAGCGACCCGGAUGUCCAGAAAGAGUCCAGACCCACAGCAGAUGGGCAGAACUCUGAAGGAACGGGUCCACCACAGGAACAGAACCGGACCUGUGACACAGAACUGUGUGUGCUGAGGACCUGCAGCUUAUGCGCGCUGACAGAAGAUCUGAGCCCAGCAGGCAGGAGGUCCCAGAGCUCGCUGUGCCGCUCUCUGCAGAGAGCCGAGCUGCUGCUCAGAAACACCUUCAGUCCCAGUCUGAAGUGGCUGCUCCACGACCCCAGCCAGGACGAGGAGGAGAACUUCAUUCUGGCGCAUAAUCUGGUGUCGCGCUCGUCGGUGCGCCUCCAACGCCUGCAGCUCACUCUGCUGACUUUAGCUCCACAGUGGCAGCUGGUGGGCGGAGCUCAGAUGGGACCUCCUCAGGCCUGUGGAAGGAGACCUUCAAGUGAAGGAGUUGUGUUCCACCUGCUGCCCUCCUGCCACCUCCCAGACCGGUACAGCGCACUCUGGAAGCUUCUGGAGCAGCGAGAACUGCUGCUGUUCGUCCACGAAUACACCAGGAGGCUUCGCCUGAUGACAGCUUACACCUCCAGAGUGCAGCAUCUGCUGGAACACCAGAGCCAGGAGCGGAACCUCUCUCCAAACCGGAACUUCCCGGACUCUGCUCCCUCCUGGGUUGGACUUUGCUCUCUGAGUCAGGAGCUGCGGGUCCACCUCAGCCACUGGGCCUGUCUGUCCUCCAGGGUCCAGUCGAGUUACUGUCUGAGACGGGCCAUGGCCCGGCACAGCAGGAUGCUGCAGGCUGUCAGGGAGAGCUUGGACCUCCUGGGUCUACAGGUUCUGGUUCUGAUGGAGCGGUAUAUCCAUGCUCUUCUUUGUACUGUUGCUGGGUCGGGCUUUGUACCGGAAGAGGUUCUGGAGGACGUUUUAAGAGGGAUUGAGCUGUACAACCUGGCAGUGGAAGAGCACAGUGUGCAGCACAGCGCCCUCCUCCGGUGGACAGUGGUACUGCAGCAGGCCCAUUAUUCCUCACCCUUCGCAAGUCCUCCACACACGAGAAGGUCCUGGCCCGGCCCGGUUCCAGUCGAGCGACUGCUGACUAUCAUGGCUGCGUAUCACGCAGACGGAGCAGCUGAACAGUUACACCACUGGAUCUCUCAGCAGAACUGUCCGGUUCAGACGGUUCUGUCUGAAAAAUGUGCCAAUCUGGGACCCCGGGUCUGCUGUGGUGUCAGUGCUCAGACACGCAAGUGGACCUGGAAGCAGCUCCAGAACUCUUUCAUCAUCAGUCCUUCAACUCCAGUCAGGGAACCCCGCUCCGGAAGCCUCCAUGAUGGUGAAGCUCAGGGUUCUAUUGUGGAAAAUCACGGUUCUGUUUGGCCCACAUGCACUUCUUUCCAGCCUGGAGAGGAGUGUGCAAUCCAGAAUGGUUCUGAUCUGACCCGAGUGGAUUCAGAUCUACAUUUAGAGCGUCCAUCCGCUCAGCUUCUGUGCCAGGUUCUGCUGUCUUCGUCUGACCUGCUCCCCCCACCACUGCCUCACGGACCCCCAGCAGCAGAACCAAAGGAGCAGGUUCUAGUUGCGCCGGGUGAGUCCAACUGCAGGUCCGAGUUGGAGAGUACAGAUAAAGAUAAAAGAAGCGAAGAUCUACAGAGGAGAAGAGGGCAAAACCACGGUGUGGAAGAAACUGGACCGGAUCGAACCGAACGGGACCCAACAAACAGAGAUGAGCGUGAGGAGAAUAUGGAGAGCAGAGGAGUGAGGGGGCGGGGCGGCGCUCGCUGGCCUCACUCAGUUCAGUGGUUGGACCUCAGUGGGCCUCUGCGCCUCGCUGAGCUGCUGGGUCGCUAUCGCUCCCUGCUGUGGACGUUCUGCAGGAGAUCCCUCUGGCUGAAGCUUCACGUACCAGAAGGUGCCCCUGAGGGCAGCUUUAACCUCUACGAUGACCUCACCACCUUUGUGGUCUUGGACAGGAUCUGCGAGGCUGCCCACACAGGUCUGCUUCCAGAUGAGUAUCAGGCCCUGCUGGAGGAGCUAGGUCUGCACGUGAAAGUCCUCUGUGCUCACGCUCACUGGGACCACGGGGUGUGCAGAACCUUAUGUUCUUCUCUCAGAGAUAAGUGUGUUCCACACGAGAGCAACAGCGGUGGAGCGCCUUCGUCUGAGGACCGGCAGAACCUGUCACUGACCAUGGAGAGCUUCCUGCUGCUGCCCCCCUCCCUGCUGUGGUCUUUGCCCUGCCCCCCGUCCGGCCUUCAGGUGUCAGGAGGGGGUGACCUCACCCCCCACAGGACAGAGCUGCAGAGCCGGACGGUUGCCAUGGUUCUGGCUUCAGUGCAGCUCUCCACUGUCUGGGUUGUGUCCAAGGCCUUCCAGUUCCUGUCCUCCUGGAGCCUCAACAAGUUUCUGCUCAUCACACAAGGAGACUUGGAGAUGCUGAUGGAGUCGGUUGAGGAGAUGCUGCAGCGGUUGCUGCGUCUGGAUGUCGACCGUCAGCCCUUCCUGUGUGGUCGUCAGCUCCGACAGCAGCUGCUAGCUCUGAAGGAGGCGGCGUCUGAGCUGCAGGUCUUCUCCUCUCUGGUGCUCAAGACGUUCUCUGUAGCCUGCAAGCAGAUGUCAGGGGAGAUCUUUGAGCAGACUAUGCCCUCUGCUGGACACUGGAGACCGAGCAAGCUCACAGGAUUUCCCAGCAACCCCAGCACGUAUGCCGCUCUGGCAAGUCGGACUGUGAUUGGUCAAGUUCUAGAGGGCGUGGCACAGCUUCCCGACGACGCCCAGGUCAGGGCGCUCAGCGUCACCAUGACGGCGUUCAUGGAGGCGUGGAUGGAGCACAUCCUGAAAGAGCGCAUCAAGUUCAGUGUGCAGGGGGCUCUGCAGCUGAAGCGGGACUUUGACUCCGUUCGACACAUGAUCCAGUCAGAGUGCUAUGGUCUGUCUGCAGAGCUCCUCCAGAGGCUGCUCAGCCUCAGGGUCUUCCAGCAGGUGGACUCGGUGGUGCUGUGUCUGCUGCAGCAGCCGCAGGACAAGGCCUCACUGAAGAGCAGCUCCUGGGGGCCCCUCGCCCGCUGCUGUCCAACCAGCAGCAGGGACAGCAUCGAUGCCGCGGCAGCCGGACACAUCACCAACCUCGGCUUCCUGGACGGCGAGGAGCCGAACCACUCUGACACCUCGGUUCUGAACUCUGACCUGCUCGCAGUGGAUCCACCCUCCCCGGCAGAACCUUAUCUGGCACCCAGCAUGGUCCUGGGUCCGGCUCAGCAGGACUGGUUGGACCUGAGGAUCCAGAGCGGCGCUCGCCGUUGGAGGCUGCCAGGACUGCAGUGUCUAUCCAAAACCGGGCUGUGACCCGGCGCUCCGACCCAACUGUUUAUGUAAAUAAAAAUCUUAGUGAUGACA